AUGGUCUCCAAGCGUGGUAUUGAGGCCAACCCCGAUAAGAUAAAAGCUAUCCUAGAUAUGGAACCACCCAAAAAUGUAAGGGACGUGCAGAAAUUGACAGGAAGGAUUGCAGCCUUGGAAAGGUUUGUGUCUAAGUCAGGGGAUAAGUGCUUACCCUUCUUCAGAGCAUUAAAGAAGGUUAAGAACUUCGAAUGGACUAGUGAAAGCCAGGUGGCCUUUGAUGAGUUGAAGAAGUAUAUGGCAGAGCCGCAUCUCCUAUCAAAACCCAUAGAAUGUGAGAUCUUAUAUGUGUACUUAGCCGUAUCCAAGCAAGCAUUGAGUGCUGUACUGGUUCGAGAAGAGUUAAAAAUUCAGAAACCAGUAUACUAUGUGGGUAAGGUUCUACAUAGAGCGGAGCUCAAUUACUCAGUGAUCGAAAAGUUUGCUUUGGUCAUAAUUACAGCCUCGAGAAAGUUAAGACCUUAUUUUCAGUCUCAUAAAAUAGAAUUCUUGACAGACCAACCUCUUCGUAAUGUUAUACAUAGCCCGAAAGCUAGUGGAAGCAACCAGGAAGUCGGGGGGCAGGAGGACAAGGUAGAGGAACCUACUAAGGAAGAGAAACCUAAGGAAUAUUGGCUACUAUUUUUUGACGGGCCUUCAAAAACAAAAGGUAGUGGUGCAGGACUUGUGCUCCAAAGCCCUGAUGGCUUUACUGUGGAAUAUGCUAUUAAGCUGGACUUCCCGACCACUAAUAACGAAGUUGAGUAUGAAGCAUUGAUAGCUGGACUUGGCUUAGCUAGAACCUUGAGGGUAAAGAACUUGAAAGUCUGUGGUGACUCGAAGCUUGUAGUUUUCCAAGUGAACGGUGAGUUUGAAGCCCGUGAAGAAACUAUGUUGAAGUAUCUAAGGAUUGUGAAGGCCCAAAUGGAACUAUUUGAAGAAUGUCUAGUAGAGUAUGUGCCAAGGGAGGAGAACACUAAGGCUGAUACCUUGUCACAAUUUGCAUCCUAUGAUGCUGAAGUAUGUUCAGGAAGCGUUUAUUAUCAGGUUUUGAGAACACCAAGCAUCGAUGCAAAGUUAAUUGCUCCCAUCGAUACACGGGCAACCUGGAUGGAUGAGAUCAAGUUGUAUCUGGAAAACGGUCAUCUAUCGCCCAAUGCCGAUGAGGCACGAAGAUUACAGGUGAGGGCCCUUAAGUAUGUACUUAUUGAGGGAAUCCUAUACAGGAAGUCGUUUGUUAUCCCUUACUUGAGAUUUUUGAGGCCGGAUGAGGCUCGAGAAGCCCUUAGAGAAGUUCAUGAGGGUGUAUGUGGUCAACACCUUGGAGGAAGGGCAUUGGCUCAUAAGGUCACUCGUCUUGGGUUUUAUUGGCCAGAUAUGAAGCAUGCUCAAGACUAUAUGAAAAAGUGUGACCGCUGCCAAAGGUUUGCACCAAUUGUUCGACAGCCGCCUGAGAUGUUGACAUCCAUUAAUACUCCAAUCCCUUUUGCCAUGUGGGGAUGGAUAUCCUUGGACCGUUUCCACUCGCUAGUGCCCAAAAGAAAUUCUUGUUGGUAUGGAAUACCUCGAGUCAUGGUAACAGACAACGGAACUCAGUUUAAUAGUGCUGAAUUCAAAAGUUAUUAUGAAGAUUACUUGAUCGAACUACGCUUUACCUCGGCCGCUCAUCCUCAAGCAAAUGGACAAGCUGAGGUAGCUAACCGAAUAAUCCUCGAUGGACUAAAAAAGAGAGUUGAGAAAGCCCAGGGGUCGUGGGCUGACGAAUUACUCCCUAUACUUUGGGCGUAUCGAACGACUUGUAAAGUCUCUACUGGAGCAACCCCUUUUCAGUUAGCUUAUGGAGCCGAGGCAGUGGUGCCACUUGAAAUUACUCACACUUCCUCCAGGGUCCAGCAGUAUGAGCCAGAAGCCAAUGAAGAAGGUAUGCAACUUGCACUUGAUAUGAUUGAUGAAAUCCGUGAUGAAGCUCAUGCUAAGAUUGUGGAAAACCAAAAGCGAGCUUCAUACUACUACAACCUACGGGUUAAAGAGCGAUACUUUCGAGAAGGAGAUCUGGUACUUAAAAAGAUUGAAGCUUCCAGGGUGGGCUCCAAAGGCAAGAUGGCUCCAAAUUGGGAAGGCCUCUAUCAAGUUAAGACUGUUACAGGCCAUGGCUCAUACAAGCUUCAGACCCUCGAAGGAAUUGAAGUUCCGAGGAGUUGGCAUGUGACCAACUUAAAGAUAUAUUAUAUUUGA